UCCAAGAUUUUAUUCAUUCAGUCAUACAAUCAUUCAACCAGCGUAUUGUAGGCACUUUUCAUGGACAAUGAAUGACCAUCCACUAGUGAGACAGGCAGUGGUGGCAGCAGACUUGAGUCCCAAUCAGGCGUCACCAUUUACUGACUCUAAGACCUUGGGCAACUUUUGUCCUUGAGCAUUAUCUUUCUCAUCUGUAAAAUAAGAAUAAUAAUAUCUUCUUGACUUGGGCAUUGUUACAGUUAAAAGUGAGGUAAGGUCCCCAGAAAUACGCAUAACCAGUGUUCUUUAACAUAUGUCCUGUUUGCCACUGUUAUUCAACUAGGUUCUGAGAGCAUGAUGAAAGAAAUCAUAAAUAGCCUCUCUCUCCACAUUCCUUUCCCAAUCUAAGAGGGCAGCAAAAAACUCACAGAGCUUAAUGCAACACGUGAGACGCCAAAAGUCUGCCCCCAGUGACAGCAAGCUUUCAUCUUCGAAAUUCAUUUGAGUUCUUCUAAUCUGAAGAUGUCUUUCUUUAGGUUUUGCGGCUCUACAAGAUAAUCUGUGCUAAACCCUGCUGUUCUUGAGGUCAAAUGUUCGCCUGCAGGGUGGAGAAACUCCCACACUGGUCCUGAUGGGGGCAGCGAGCCCCGAGGGCGGGCCACUAAAGCCGUCUGGCAGCUUUGUCCUAGUCUUCCGAAAGGCGCAGCCGAGGGGGCGUUUCUGGGCAGCAGUGGCGGGCAGUGCCGGCGCCUCCCGUCUCUAUUUCUGGAUCUGUGCCUUGGCUCAAAACGCAAACUUCGGUAAAGUUUGCAGCCAGGAGCGAGCACGUGGGAGCCUCGCCGCCUGGCCCCGUAUGCCGCGUGGUUCGCUUACGGGUCUCCCCAUUCAACGGCGCUGGCUGCCCUGCCACGCACCUGCACGUGGCUCGCAUGGCUCGCCGCAGCGCCUACCCCGCGGCCUCGCGGUUCCCGACUCCCCGGCUCCAAGCAGCUGCAGCGGCAGCAGGAGGGGCGCGGAGCCGGCGCCCCACAGGCUGCACGGCCCGGGAGGCGGGGCCUGGGCGGGCCGCCCGAGCUCCACUCCCGGAAGCGGGUGGCUCUGGGCUCCCGCAGAGCCGAUCGGCGCGGCGGCCAGAGCUGCAGCAUCCCUGCCGACGCCUCCAGGAGCAGCGGGAACGGCACCGCGGCCUGAGCAGCGCGAUCCCGACUCUCUGCCGCCCUGGCUGGCAAGAUGCUGCCGGUGUACCCGGAGUUGAAGCCCAACCCGCUGCAGGGCGCGAAUCUCUGCUCACGCGUGUUCUUCUGGUGGCUAAACCCCUUGUUUAAAAUUGGUCACAAACGGAGAUUAGAAGAAGAUGAUAUGUAUUCAGUGCUUCCAGAAGAUCGCUCAAAGCAUCUUGGAGAAGAGUUGCAAGGGUACUGGGAUAAAGAAGUUUUGAGAGCUGAGAAAAACUCACAGAAGCCUUCUUUAACAAAAGCAAUCAUAAAGUGUUACUGGAAAUCCUAUUUAGUUUUGGGAAUUUUUACGUUAAUUGAGGAAGGCAUCAAAGUAAUCCAGCCCUUAUUUUUGGGAAAGAUUAUUAGUUAUUUUGAAAACUAUGAUUCCACUGAUUCUGUGACUCUGCACGAAGCCUACGCCUAUGCCACAGUGCUGACUGUUUGCACACUUAUUUUGGCCUUACUGCACCACCUAUACUUCUAUCACGUUCAGUGUGCUGGGAUGAGGUUAAGAGUAGCCAUGUGCCAUAUGAUUUACCGGAAGAAAAAGGAGGACAUGUUCAGGUUCAAAUCUCAAGGGGGCUACUUCCCUAGUUUAGAGCCAGGCUGGUGGAAGAUGGUAACUUCAGUUUCAAGAACUGUGGCGGUUUCCAUAGUGGUUCGUGAUGAUAGGUUGGAUGCCAGGAGUAAGACUGCGACUUUUACAGACGUCAGGAUCAGGACCAUGAAUGAAGUUAUAACUGGCAUAAGAAUAAUAAAAAUGUAUGCUUGGGAAAAGUCAUUUGCGGACCUUAUUACCAAUUUGAGAAGAAAGGAAAUUUCCAAGGUUCUGAGGAGCUCCUACCUUAGAGGAAUGAAUUUAGCAUCAUUUUUUGUUGCAAGCAAAAUCAUCAUUUUCAUGACUUUCACUGUCUACGUGCUCCUUGGCAAUGUGAUCACAGCCAGCCGUGUGUUCGUGGCAGUGACACUGUAUGGGGCUGUGCGUUUGACCGUCACUCUCUUCUUCCCCUCCGCCAUCGAGAGGGUGUCAGAGGCAGUCGUCAGCAUCCGAAGAAUCAAGAACUUUCUGUUGCUUGAUGAGAUAAAACAGCGCAACGCUCAGCUGCCAUCAGACGGUAAAACAAUAGUGCAUGUGCAAGAUUUUACUGCUUUUUGGGAUAAGGCAUCAGAAACCCCAACCCUACAAAGUCUUUCCUUUACUGUCAGACCCGGUGACUUGUUAGUUGUGGUCGGACCUGUGGGAGCAGGAAAGUCAUCACUGUUAAAUGCUGUGCUGGGGGAACUGCCCCCGAGCCAGGGGCUGGUCAAUGUGCAUGGAAGAAUCGCCUAUGUUUCUCAGCAGCCCUGGGUGUUUUCAGGAACUGUGAGGAGUAAUAUUUUAUUUGGGAAGAAAUAUGAAAAGGAACGAUAUGAACAAGUAAUCAAGGCUUGUGCUUUGAAAAAGGAUUUGCAGCUUUUGGAGGAUGGAGAUCUAACUGUGAUAGGAGAUCGGGGGAGCACGCUGAGCGGAGGGCAGAAAGCUCGGGUCAACCUCGCAAGAGCAGUAUAUCAGGAUGCAGACAUCUACCUUCUGGACGAUCCUCUCAGUGCAGUAGAUGCAGAGGUUGGCAAGCACUUGUUCCAACUGUGUAUUUGUCAAACCUUGUAUGAGAAGAUCACAAUCUUAGUGACUCAUCAGUUGCAGUACCUAAAAGCUGCAAGUCAGAUUCUGAUAUUGAAAGAUGGCAAAAUGGUGCAAAAGGGGACAUACACUGAGUUUCUGAAAUCUGGGGUAGAUUUUGGUUCCCUUUUAAAGAAGGAAAAUGAGGAGGCUGAACAACCUUCCAUGCCAGAAAGUCCCACGCCGAGGAAUCGGACCUUCUCGGAAUCUUCGGUUUGGUCUCAGCAGUCUUCUAGACCCUCAUUGAAAGAUGGUGCCCCAGAGACCCAAGCUAUUGAGAAUAUACAGGGUACAGCAACCGAGGAGAGCCGUUCUGAAGGAAAAAUUGGUCUUAAGGCCUACAAGAAUUACAUCACAGCUGGUACUCACUGGUUUAUCAUCAUUUUCCUUAUUCUAGCAAAUGCCACAGCUCAGGUUGCCUACGUUCUUCAGGAUUGGUGGCUUUCCUACUGGGCAAACGAACAGCGUGCCCUGAACAUCACUGUAAAUGGAAAAGGAAAUGUAACUGAGAAGCUCGAUCUUAACUGGUACUUAGGAAUUUAUUCAGGUUUAACAAUAGCUACUGUCAUUUUCGGCAUAGCAAGAUCGCUGUUGGUAUUCUACGUCCUUGUUAAUUCUUCACAAGCUUUACACAACAGAAUGUUUGAGUCCAUUUUGAAAGCUCCAGUAUUGUUUUUUGAUAGAAAUCCAGUAGGAAGAAUUUUAAAUCGUUUCUCCAAAGACAUUGGACAUAUGGAUGACCUCCUGCCCCUGACAUUUCUAGAUUUCAUCCAGCCAGCACGGAGCCCAGUAUUUUCCCACCUAUCGUCUUCUCUCCAGGGACUCUGGACCAUCAGGGCACACAAAACUGAAGAGAGGUUUCAGGAACUGUUUGAUGCUCACCAGGAUUUGCAUUCAGAGGCUUGGUUCUUGUUUUUGACAACGUCCCGAUGGUUCGCCGUACGUCUGGAUGCCAUCUGUGCCAUCUUUGUCAUUGUUGUUGCCUUUGGGUCCCUGAUUCUGGCAAAAACUUUGGAUGCUGGACAGGUUGGCCUGGCAUUGUCCUACGCCCUGACCCUCAUGGGGACGUUCCAGUGGUGUGUCAGGCAAAGUGCUGAAGUUGAGAAUAUGAUGAUUUCAGUAGAAAGGGUGAUGGAAUAUACAGACCUGGAGAAGGAAGCUCCUUGGGAAUAUCCAAAACGUCCGCCACCGGCCUGGCCCCAUGAAGGAGUCAUUGUCUUUGACAAUGUUAACUUCACGUACAGUUUAGACGGACCUGUGGUAUUAAAACACCUGACAGCGCUCAUUAAAUCAAGAGAAAAGGUUGGCAUUGUGGGAAGGACAGGCGCUGGAAAAAGUUCCCUCAUCUCAGCCCUUUUUAGAUUGUCAGAACCCGAAGGUAAAAUCUGGAUUGAUAAGAUCUUGACAACUGAAAUUGGACUUCACGAUUUAAGGAAGAAAAUGUCAAUCAUACCUCAGGAACCUGUUUUAUUCACUGGAACAAUGAGGAAAAACCUGGAUCCCUUUAAUGAGCAUACAGAUGAGGAACUGUGGAAUGCCUUAAAAGAGGUACAACUUAAAGAAGCCAUUGAAGAUCUUCCUGGUAAAAUGGAUACAGAAUUAGCAGAAUCCGGGUCGAACUUCAGUGUCGGACAGAGACAGUUGGUAUGCCUUGCCAGGGCUAUUCUCAGGAAAAAUCGGAUAUUGAUAAUUGAUGAAGCAACAGCAAAUGUGGAUCUAAGAACUGAUGAGUUAAUACAAAAAAAAAUCCGUGAGAAAUUUGCCCAGUGCACUGUGCUAACCAUUGCACACAGGUUGAACACCAUUAUCGACAGCGACAAGAUUAUGGUUUUGGAUUCAGGAAGACUGAAAGAAUAUGAUGAGCCAUAUGUUUUGCUGCAAGAUAAAGAAAGCCUCUUUUACAAGAUGGUGCAACAACUGGGCAAGGCCGAAGCUGCUGCCCUCACCGAAACAGCAAAACAGGUGUACUUCAAAAGGAAUUACCCAGAUAUCACUCAGAACGGCCACGUGGUUAUGAAUGCUUCCAAUGGACAGCCCUCAGCCUUGACUAUUUUUGAGACAGCACUGUGAUGCUACCACGAUGUCAAGUCUAUUCUGAAAGCAUCUUCCCAAUAGUUUUUGCACUGUGUAAACUAUACUCCACUUUCUUUUUUAUACUAGCAGCAAGUAUUUACACAUACAAGAUGUUAGUUUAUUUGGAGUUUUUCCUCCAACUUCACCCAAUGAUUUCAAGCUCUAACAAAAUCACUUAUUAUUUUUAUUUAUGUAAAUAGUAUUUUUUUUUCUUAUCCACAUCAGAGGUGCAGGCCACCAAGAAAAGCUGUCUACCAGGUUUGUGCCUUAAAAGACUCUGGAUCCAAAGUUCAUUUUGUAAAGUAUGAGACAAAGUUGUAACAAAUUUUUUUUUUUUUUACACUACCCCUAAAUUACAUGUUACUCUCCAGUUAUGUCAGGGAUUCUGUUUACUUGAAAACUGUGUGAAGUUGCCAUUUUGUCUCACCACUUUAUUUAAGAUAACUAGGAUCCAUUAUUCCCCCCCCCCCCGACCCCCAGGCCUCUGGUUAAAAUAGUACUUACAAAACUAAUAGGCAAAACAAAAAAAUAUAUUUUAGUAUGAGUGGCAUUAUAGUAGGGAAAGUCUACUCCCCCCAAAAAAGAUGUAUAGUUAAAAUAUAGAAAGACAAUAUUUAAUUAUGUGUCCUAAAAGAGGAGGAAGAGAAAAGAAUGCUUUCUCAAAAUAGCCCUUCUAGGUGAUUUGAUAAUGAAGGACUUAAGUGCGAUCAUCACGCAUCUUUUACAUUUGCAUGACUCGGACAUGGGAACCGUUGCAGUUUCAAACUCGGUGUGGUGAUGGUUUCAGAAAAGGCCAAUCCACUAACAGUAAUUCUUGAAUACGUAGUAGUUGUCUUAUUUGGAUUUCGGGUUUACUGAUGGCUAACCCUCUGUCGACAGUAAGCCUUUUGGCUUGACCUUUAUUAAAAGCCCUUCUAAAUUACAUGUAUAGCUUCUCCUGAGUUGGUGAGAAAACCCAAAAAUCAUUGCAAACAUUGACUGUAAUUACACAGUAUGUUCUCAGGAUGCAUCCAGAGGUUCACGUUUAUGAGCCUGCCCAGGUUAGUUUACUUCUGACCACUGAGAGCUGUUUGUUUAUGUCUUUAUGAUUAGUAAAUCAACAAACCACACUACUUCCUAGGGCCUGCUGCCUGCUGUACUUUAUUUCACUGUGGGUCUGUAGUUUUCCUUCAGGGUGGUGGCUAUGGUAUGUUGAGUUCGAAUUACUGAAGGUUUUACUGUCAUGGUUUUAAGUAGACUCUCAUGACCUCUCUGAAUAAGGUGUAACCGCCCUCAAGUUGCAUAUAUUAGCAUAUAUGCCUUUGUAAGGAGCAGAUUUUUGGACUCCUCAAGAGAGAGAAACAGGUGUUUUUAUAGAAUCAAGCCUUAAAAAGCACACACACAGUAAACUACCAAAAUACAUUGAGUACAAUAGCUGUUGAACUCGUUGUAUUUAGAAAUAAUAUGGUUAAUGUUUAGUCCAGUAGACUAGUAAAUUGUUUAAUAGUGUUUGUAUUUAAUAGUUGGUAUUUCAGGAGACUGAAAUGACAGCAAUGUAAUAAUGAGGUUUGUUAAAACAGUGGAAAUAUUUGAAAUGUGUGUUUGUUUGUCAUUAGAGAUUAAAGGCAAUUAAAAAAUGUUUUUGUUUUAUUUCUGUUUUAAUGUCUAUGAUCAUAGAGUUUUUAAUGGAACAAAAUUCGGUUGAAAUAAAUGACAGUUUUCAUCUCCA